AUGCGGAGCGGUUGCCGCAUCGCCCUUCAUCUCCGUCUCCCUAUCCUGAAGGAGCUGGAUGGGAAGCUGGCGGCAAGCAAAGGGAUUAACGGAGUGGUCUCCCUCUCCUGUGCAGAAGGAGCGCAGGAGCUGACGGCGAGCAAGCGAGUCACACGGGAGAGCUCUCUUGUGCAGAAGGAGCGCGAUGGGGAGCUGACGGCGAGCAUGAGAGUCCCACGGGGAGAGCUCUCCCUCCCUUGUGCAGACGGAGCGCGAUCGGGAGGUGACAGGCGAGCAAGGGAGUCCCACGGGGAGAGCUCUCCCUCCCUUGUGCAGAAGGAGCGCGAUGGGGAGGUGACGGCGAGCAAGAAAGCCACACGGGGAGAGCUCUCCCUCUCUUGGAGGAGCUGGAUGCUGGGAGCGGGAGAAGGAGCGUGUGGUAAAAGCGUGAAGGAAGGUACACAAGAAGAGAACGCUCUCCUUCUCCUGGAGCGGGAGGAGGAGAAGCGCAGGCAACACCUGGAGCAAGCGGGGGAGGUACGCGGCGAGCUGUCCCUCUCUUGUGCAGGAGGAGCAGGAUGGGGAGCUGACGGCGGUGCACCGCUUAUCGUCCCGCGCGCACUUGCUGCCCCCUUUUUGCAUCCCCCUCCCCCCCCUCUCCCCCCUCCUCAAUCUCCCCAUCCCCUCCACUCACCCCUCGUUCCCAGCCCUCUCCCCCUCCUCUCCCCCCACCCCCACUCACUCCUCAUCUCCCUCCCCCCCCUCCCCUCCCCCUCCCACCGUCCCCCCCCAUCACCCCUCAUUUCCCUCACCCUCCUCCCCUUUUAUCUCCGCAUACCCCCUCUUCCCCCGUCUGCUCCUCCCCCAAACCUCUCAUUCCACCUCCACUCACCCCUCACCUCCUCACUGGCUCUCCUUCAAUUCCCUCCACACCCCUCUCCCGCUCGUUCCCCCUUCUGCCCCCCUCCCUCCCCAACCAGGGUUCUUGUCCCUUCCCCUCCCUAA